GGCGCCUACUUCACAUGCUCAGUAGACGAGCAACCCCUGAGUAAAACGCAACAAGCCAAUGCCCAAAGCCGGCGUUUUAAUAACUAAAUAAAGCAGCGCUUUCAAUUAAUUUAGAACAGAGCAUCGCGAAUGCAACGCGCUUCAAUUGCCGGCAAGAAGUGGAACGAGUUGAGUUGAGUUUUAUGGUGAUGAUCAUCAUGUGGUUGUGUCUAGAAAUUUAACGCAAUUUACUUAAAUCAAACUGAACAAGAGACAACGUAAAUUGUCGAAAUUAUUAUUUCAAAUAGUUAAAAAAAUUGAAGCAAAAUCAUUAUAAAAAUCAAAAUAAAAUCAAUCAAAAGUGUUAGCAAAGCCAAGGAUAAAAAGGCAAGGCUGAAAAGGGCGAUUGACACGUUUUGUGUUGCGCAUACGCCGCGUAGGCGGUAUUAAUUUUUUUUACGCUAUUCUCUUGGCAAAGUGGCCUUGUCGUGUGUUUAUUUUUACUGGGAUUUCAAGAAACUCGCCAAUCGUGCUUUCUCUGUGGGCGAGAGUGUGUGUAACUGUGUGUGUGUGUGUAUCUCAGAUUGACGCCAGUGCAACUAAUUGCCAAGUGGCAAGGAAUCAAAUCACGUUUACUUUGCGGUAGCGUGGAAACACAUCAAGAUGUCAUUCGAUAUUGCCAUUGCCGAUCAGAUGCGUAUUGCAUUAAGCUAUGUCAAGUUCAAGACAAAACAGCAGCGUUUGAGGAGCAACGAUAAGGUUAUUGCCGACACUGUUUACGGAAAGGUAAAAGGCGUCAAAUGGCGUUCGAUUUAUGGCAACAACUACUACAGUUUUGAGGGAAUCCCAUUCGCCAAACCGCCUGUGGGGGAACUACGCUUUAGAGCGCCCGUUGAGCCCGAUCAUUGGACGGAGGUGAAACGCUGCACACGAGAGCGGUCGAAGCCAUGUCAGGUCAAUCUGGUGCUGAAUCAGGUGCAGGGCAGCGAAGAUUGCCUUUACCUCAAUGUGUACUCCAGAGAAUUGCAUCCACAAAAGCCACUGCCCGUGCUGGUUUGGAUCUACGGCGGUGGCUUCCAAAUGGGAGAAGCUUCGAGGGAUUUAUAUAGCCCUGAUUACUUUAUGAUGGAACAUGUUAUGCUGGUGACCAUCGCCUAUCGCCUGGGUCCACUGGGCUUUCUAACAUUGGACGACGAGCAGCUCGAUGUGCCUGGCAAUGCGGGUAUCAAAGAUCAGGUGCUUGCUCUGCGCUGGGUGAAGAGAAACUGUCAUUUCUUUGGCGGUGAUCCUGAUAAUAUUACAGUGUUGGGCGAGAGUGCCGGAGGUGCCUCAACACAUUACCUGAUGCUCACUGAACAGACACGCAAUCUCUUUCACAAGGCUGUGCUCAUGUCCGGCUCCGCCAUGUCUCCUUGGUCCAUUACACCCAAACAUAACUGGGCUCAUCGUCUAGCUCAGGCCACCGGGUAUUCGGGUGAACUGACCGAUCGUGAGGUGCUGAAUCAUUUGCGCCACACAAAGGCGAGCAGCAUGUGUCGAAUGGCGGAGGAAAUUGUAACGAUGGAUGAACGUCAUCAGCGUAAAGUAAUGUUCUGCUUUGCACCCACCGUUGAGCCAUACGAGUCCUCGCACUGUGUGAUUCCCAAACCCCCCAUUGAGAUGAUGCGCCAUUGCUGGGGCAAUGAAAUACCCAUGGUGGUUGGCGGCAAUUCCUUUGAGGGACUGCUCGUCUUUCCCGAGGUGCGCAAGUGGCCCGAACUGCUUCACGAGCUGGGCGACUGUGCGUAUCUGUCGCCCGAAGAUGCCGGUUUGGAUGCGGAUCAACGACGCGCCUUUGGCAGACUGCUGAAGGAGGCUUACUUUGGCGAUAAGGAGAUAAGCCAAAAGACAUUACUCGAAUACAGUGAUCUCUGCUCAUACAAAUACUUCUGGCAUGGCAUCCAUCGCACUUUGCUUUCGAGAAGCGUGAAUGCGCCCAAGGCGCCGACAUACCUUUAUCGCUUUGAUUUCGAUUCAGAGCACUUUAACAUGGUACGGAUUAUAACGUGUGGUCGCAAGGUGCGCGGCACGUGUCAUGGCGAUGAUUUAUCCUAUUUGUUCUAUCACGGGGCUGCCAAAAAGCUGAAGCGACGCACGGCUGAAUUCAAGACCAUUCGUCGGCUGGUCUCCAUGCUGGUGCAUUUUGCCGCAUCCGGAGAUCCCAACAUACCACUGGUCAUGCAGGAAGAGCACUAUACACCGCUGGGCGACCCGACAGAUGCCCAGCCAAAAGCACAAGCACAGCCGUGGCUGCCCAUCUCCCAACAGGAUGCGGUGUUCAAGUGCUUGAAUAUUUCACAUGACGUUCAGGUGAUUGAUUUGCCGGAGGCCGACAAACUGCGACUCUGGGAUAGCAUGUACUCGGAUAAGCGAUUAUUGUAUUAGUUAUAUGUAUGCCUUACCUAAAUAUAUUAGUAGCCAUAUCUAUAUAUGUAUAUAAACUUACAUAUAUUCAUAUAUCUAUACAUAGCAUAUAUUCGACGAGCCUCGAGCUGGCCCUAAAUGCGCAUCUCCAAUGUAAAUUUGUUUGCGCAGGCAUCAAGUGUACACAUGUAAAUAGGGAUUUUUAUAGCCUAGCUAUUAAAUAUAAAGAAAAACACACUCACACUCACACUCGCACACACACAUAGUCACACAUGAUUGAGUAAAUAAGAGCAUACGUUUUUUAUGAUGGCCUUGGGCUAUUUACGCUUCUGUUUGAAUUGUUAUCAAAUGGCAAUAUGCAAAUAUCUCUGGAUCAAACAGUAGUCCAGCUAUAUUUAAUCAAUAUUUUAACAUUAUGUUAGGUUUACUACAUAUUUGUAGUCAGCAAAUAUCCUUAAGCUAGCAUGUACAUCAAAAUUCUAAUUGUGACAGUGAUUUUUAAUAAACGGAAUGAGCAUUGAAUAAUUAACACAAAUAUUAAAAUG